AUCUUCCUCUUGUCUCGAGCGAAGCGGUGAAAACAAGAAAAGAUGGUUCCUUUUCGUUUUCUGGAGAGAGAUGCGUUUCUGGUGACCCUUCACUGAAAGUUUAGGUUUUUCUUCUCCACUCUGAUUGAUUGCGUUUUUGAAUCUGAGAGAAAUGAGUGGCGAUUGGUAUCAGCUCGCUCAGUCUCUAAUCUUCGGUUUGAUCUUCGCUUACCUUCUCGCCAAGCUAAUCUCCAUCCUCGUCGCCUUUAAAGACGACAACCUCUCCCUCACUCGCGCCCACGACGCCGCCCCCCAAUCGGAUAAUGACUUCUACCACCGCAAGGUCGAGACGGAUUCUCUCGUGGCGGAGCAAGGAAGCUUGAGAGGUGAUGAAGAUGAAGAUGAAGACGAUGACGAUGAUUGGGAAGGUGUGGAAAGCACGGAGCUUGACGAAGCGUUCAGUGCCGCGACGGCUUUCGUGGCCGCUGCUGCUUCGGAUCGGCUCUCGCAGAAAGUGUCGAACGAGUUGCAGCUUCAGCUUUAUGGGUUGUAUAAGAUUGCUACGGAAGGAGCUUGUACUGCUCCCCAACCUUCAGCUCUCAAAAUGACUGCUCGUGCCAAGUGGCAAGCGUGGCAGAAGAUGGGAGCUAUGCCAGCUGAGGAAGCGAUGGAGAAGUACAUCGACCUUGUGACUCACUUGUACCCUGCUUGGGUUCAAGGUGGCUCGAAAGGAAGAAACCGUAGUGGUGAAGCUGCAGGUUCCAACUCUAGAGCACCCAUGGGACCGGUGUUUAGUUCAUUGGUUUACGAAGAAGAAACCGAAAAUGAGUUGAAGAUUGAUGCAAUUCACGCCUUUGCUAGAGAAGGAGAAGUGGAGAAUCUAUUGAAAUGCAUAGAAAGUGGCAUACCUGUAAAUGCAAGAGACAGUGAAGGUCGGACACCGUUGCAUUGGGCUAUAGACCGAGGCCACUUGAAUGUUGCUAAAGCUCUACUAGAUAAAAAAGCCGAUGUUAAUGCUAAAGACAAUGAAGGCCAAACCGCUCUGCACUAUGCUGUUGUGUGCGAAAGGGAGUCUCUUGCAGAGUUUCUAGUGAAGCAGAAAGCUGAUACAAGCAUUAAAGACGAAGAUGGAAACUCGCCUCUUGAUCUCUGUGAAUCAGAGUGGUCUUGGAUGCGAGAGAAGAAGGAUUCAGAUUAAGGUUUUGUAGUCUUUAAACUGUGUGUUUUAAUUUCUUAAAACAGAGAUGUUUUGUUUUAUACCUUUCUUGUUACCUUGCUUGUGUUUGAACAAGAGUCUUAGGCUACCUUAACACAGUGCAUAAGGUAACUGUUUUGUUUGUUA